UUGUCCUCCUCCUCCUGCUCCUCCUCCUCCUCCUCCUCACGUUCACCUUCCUCACCGAGCUGAACACCGGCCAAUGCUUCACACCACCCCUGCCUUGGGUGUCUGUCCCAUGCGUGGGAAGCACAACAAAAUCAAGGGCUUCACUUGAGAGAGUCCAAAGGAGCGAGGAAAAGGGGGAUAAUCUCUGAAUCCUUUUUGUUUUGAUAUUUUCUCCCGCUCGUCGGACGAGGGGCUCUGAUUUCAGCGAAACUGUCAGCUCAAACCGUUCUGUCACGGAGGACAAAAGGACAACAGCUGGAGAUAUGAACGAGUCGCUGGUGGUGAACGACUCCUCUGCGAGCCAUGUGGCUGGAGAAGCUCUCCCAUGGAUGGAGACUGAUUCUCCAGAGCACAAUAGCAGCCUGGAGUUCUCCACUGCCUCGUUAGAUUUCCCUAUCAACCCGUGGGACAUCAUGCUCUGCAUAUCAGGCACUGUCAUCGCCUGUGAAAACGCCAUAGUGGUAGCAAUCAUCUUCUACACGCCAACACUAAGGACUCCCAUGUUUGUGCUGAUUGGCAGCCUGGCCACGGCAGACCUGCUGGCCGGCAUGGGAUUAAUCCUGAACUUUGUGUUUCAAUAUGUGAUCUCCUCUGAGACGAUCAGCCUCAUCACGGUUGGCUUUCUGGUGGCCUCCUUCACUGCAUCCAUCAGCAGCCUUUUGGCCAUAACUGUGGACCGUUACUUCUCGCUCUACAACGCUCUGACAUACUUCUCAGAGAAGACGCUGCAGUACGUACACCUGAUGUUAGUGGGGACGUGGGGAGUGUCUCUGUUCCUGGGCUUGCUGCCGGUGCUCGGCUGGAACUGCCUGGACGAGCCUGCCUCCUGCAGCAUCGUUCGCCCUUUGACCCGGAGCAACAUCACGCUGCUGGCCACCUCCUUUUUUGCCAUCUUUGUGCUCAUGCUUACUCUCUACUUCAAGAUAUGUAAGAUUGUGUGCCACCACGCCCACCAGAUUGCUCUCCAACAGCACUUUUUUGCCACGUCACAUUAUGUGGCCACUAAGAAGGGGGUCUCCACUUUGGCCAUCAUCUUGGGGACUUUUGGCGCCAGCUGGCUGCCUUUCGCCAUCUACUGUCUGGUAGGCGAGCGGGAGUAUCCAUCAGUGUACACCUAUGCCACCCUGCUGCCAGCCACAUACAAUUCAAUGAUCAACCCUAUCAUCUACGCCUAUAGGAACACAGAGAUCCAGCGUUCCAUCUACAUGCUUCUCUGCGGCUGCUUUCAGGCCAACAAGGCAUAUCGGUCCAGGUCGCCCAGUGAAGUCUAAAAAAAGGGCACAAGGUCUCUUUUUGUGUGAGCAUCAAGUGUGUGUGUGUGUGUGUGUGUGUUAGUGUGUGAGAAAAGCGAGAGCAAAAAGACAAACCAUUCUGUGACCGUUGACAAUCUGCUUACAACUGACAGCGAAUGCUUUACAAAGACAAACUGGGGUGUGUCUCCCAUGCGUUCUGUAUCCGCACUUUACUAUGUCUCGACACAAGAUCAGAUGAGAUCCUGGAGAUGCUGUGAACAAGAAACUUCUGUGAAAAAGAUGAAACAAACCUGUGAAUGUACUUAAAUGAGAAAAUGAAUGGAAAAUCUUGCACUUUAGUCUGUGUUUUUUUGUUUUGUUUUGUUUUGUUUUUUUGAAAUGCCAAAGCAGUAUUGUAUAGCCCUUACCGUGUUUAAACAUGUGAACCUGUGAGUACCGUGUGCCAUUUUUCUAUUUUGUAUGGUAUUGUCUUUGUUGUACAUUUUCUACAAGAAGAAUAAAGGAAUAAAAUCCAGCUGUGGCUCCGUCACGUGUAUUUACUGUAGCACGUUUCUUUCGAGGAGUCCUUGUGUUACACCUGACUUGUUCUUGUUUUAUUUAUUUCCACUUCAAAUUGUUCCAGCCUCUUCCUCUGGAGCGCAGAUGGGUCUGUUUGAAGAGACUAAUGGUGUAUUGAGAAAGCAAGUACCUUGCCCCGGAAAAUAGCUUCAAUUUACACCUAGACACAUUUGAAUCCUGUUUGCUCAGUUUGUGCAUGGUGUGUGUGUGUGUGUGUGUGUGUGUGUGUGAGAGAAAGAGAGAGAGAGAGAGAAACAGAAGGAGGGGGAGUGAAUGAGACUAACAGAUAUAGAUACUACAAACGUGUGAAAACAUGUGCUAUGUAGUCAGGUGUGCUUUGCAGUUUGGAUGUGCUCCCCCUCUGAAUAGGUGGCUAUAAUGUACACAACUAGUGAGGCUG